CAUUUCUUUUCUUUUCUUUUUCUAGCCAAACAAACAGAUCAAUAAUAAUCAAAUAUAUAUCUUGUUGAUUAAGUUUCUAAUUUUCUUAUCUCAGAGACUCUAUAUCAGAUCAUAACAAAAGUCAAAUACACAACAUCUGGACUCUGGAGUAAGUCAACGAUGAUUCGAUCUAUUUCACCGUAUGGGAACCGCAAGCUUUAUCUGUUGAAUGGAAACAAAGAAAGAACAUUUAACAGUGACGGGGAUCAAAUCAUUAAUAAUUCUUCAAAUCAAUCUUACAGCGAAGAUAGCUAUGAUCCAGCAAACUACUUUCUUGAUUCCCCAACUGAGGAACAUGAAUCACAUCUUGAACCUGAAUACAUGUUAAGUGAAAGUUUUGAAGAUGGAUUAAGUUAUGAUGAAGACAAAAUGAGAUUAAAGUUUCAAGAACUUGAACAAGCUCUUCUUGAGAGUGCUAAUGAAAAUGACGAUUCUGGCCUUAGUCCAAGUAUGGAAGUGGAAGGGGAAUGCGGUUAUUCUAUGAUCCUUGAAUCACCAAAAGAAUCUUCUUCAUAUGUUAGUAGCAAAGAAGUUACACCUACCGGGACUCAUGCCACUACCCCUAAAGAGUUGCUUUUUGAGUGUGCUUUAGCUGUUUCUGAAGGUAACUUGGAAUAUGCAUCUAAUAUGAUAAACGAAUUACGCCAAACAGUUUCCAUUGAUGGAGAACCUUCACAAAGGAUCUUAGCUUAUAUGGUGGAAGCCCUUGCUGCCCGAGUGGUGGCUUCCGGUAGAGGUCUAUACAAAGCUCUAAAAUGCAAAGAGCCGCCUUCUAAAGAUCGGCUUUCAGCUAUGCAGGUUCUCUUCGAGGUUUGCCCUUGUUUUAGGUUUGGGUUCAUGGCAGCUAAUGGUGCUAUUCUUGAAGCAUUUUUAGGUGAAGAAAGGGUCCACAUUAUCGAUUUUGAUAUCAACCAAGGAAGUCAAUACAUAACAUUGUUGCAGACAUUAGCGGUUCAAAACGUGAAAAAACUCCAUUUGAGGUUGACCGGGGUCGAUGAUCCCGACUCCGUUCAACGACCUGUUGGUGGGCUGAACCACAUCGGGCUACGACUUAAAGAGCUCGCUAAAUCCCUUAAUUUAGAUUUCGAAUUCAACUCUGUGGCAGCAACGACAAUGGUAAUGAAGCCUGAGACGCUUAAUUGUAGGGAUGGUGAGGCAGUGAUUGUGAAUUUUGCAUUCCAACUCCACCACAUGCCUGAUGAGAGCGUUUCCACUGUGAAUCAAAGAGAUCAACUGCUUAGAAUGGUUAAAAGUUUAAACCCGAAACUUGUAACCGUUGUGGAACAAGAUGUAAACACGAAUACAGCCCCAUUCCUGCAUAGGUUUCAUGAAGCUUAUAGUUACUAUUCUGCAAUGUUUGACUGUUUAGAAGCAACACUUCCAAGAGAGAGUCAGGAGAGAUUAAAUGUGGAGAAACAGUGUUUGGCUCGUGAUAUAGUUAACAUAAUUGCGUGUGAAGGUGAAGAAAGGAUUGAGAGGUAUGAAGUGUCUGGAAAAUGGAAGGCGAGGAUGAUAAUGGCAGGUUUUCAGGAGUACCCGAUUAGUGAAAAUGUGCAUGAUAUGAUCCGGAACUUGAUAAAGCAGUAUAGUGAGAGGUAUAAAACAAAAGUGGAGACAAAUGCAAUUCAUUUUGGGUGGGAAGAUAAAGUAUUGAUCGUUGCUUCUGCUUGGAGGUAAGUUGCAAGUUGUUUCUUUAUAGUUUGACUUGACUUUUUUAUUUGGUAAUAACCGAUCUUCGUUGAUGUAACUUGUAACUUAUAUGUUUUGUUUGGGUUACUAUGUACUUAAAUCUUGUUUCAAUAGAAGUUGUUAAAUGUAA